GUAAAAUAUAUAAAAAAAAUAAAAUAUAGUAACACUCAAGUCCAGGCCAAAACCAGAAACCCAAAUAUAUUACGUGACCAAGUGCAGCUAAACAAAAAAAAAAACAACGGAAAAAAAAACAAAGAGGAAAAUCUAUAACUAUCAAAGAGCAAAUUGUGUGUAUGAAGAAAAAACAAGCCACAAAUCAGAGCGAAAAACAGAAGCAGGAGCAGCAGUAGCAGCAGUAACGGUAACGGCGGCAACAUUGCAACAUUGCAACAACCACCCAGCAGCAACCAGCAACUAGCAACGCAACAACGAAAGCCAGAUACCUUGAAGAUACCGGAGAUAUAGCCGGGGGUGCAAGUUAAAUAAGCUGGCAGGCGGAUGUGGUAGGAUCGCAGGUGGGCAGGAUCUUGCGGCUGGGGGAGGCAGAAGGAUGCCAGCCAAAGGACGCAAUAUUGCAACAUCCGCAAGUUCGGGAACACGGAAUCAAAGCUGAAGGAGCAACCGCAGCAAUACUCUCAAGGCGACGCAUGUCAAUGUCAAAGUUGAAACAGAAGUAGAAGUGGGUUCCAUUAGAAGAGGGACAAGAACGGACAGGAGGGCGGGUCAAUAGCUAUAAAGGCAAAAGCAUUUUAACUGCAGAUGACAAAGAAGGUUGUGCUACAUCUACAUAGUAAAUACAAAACAAAUCUAAGCAUAAGAAUACCCCAAAAACCACACCCCAACCACAGAGAAACCUAGACCAAAAUCAACAGGACGGCAGCAAACAAGUGGAGGGCAAUACCCGGAAUUUUGAUUGCCAAAGCGCCAAGCUGGCAAACUGGGAAGGCAGACGGAUACGGAUACGGUGACCCGUUUAGCAGGCAAGAUGUCCGUGGACUUUAUACUGCCCAAUCGCAAUAAGAUCCAAACGAUUGCCUAUGCGAGUGCCAGCAAGAAAUAUGUGCCCGGCGGAUCCGCAUCCACUCUGAGCUCCGGAUCGGUGUCGGUAUCGGGAUCGGGUGGUGACCUGCAGAGCUGGCGACGCCCCAAGCCCAGGAACUCCGGAAAAGUGAAGCUCGAGGAUAAACCCGCGGUGACGGCCAGUUCGGUGCUAAGGAAUGCCAAUGGAAAUGGCCUGGGAAAUGGCGGCAAGUCACCACUCAAAUCGCUGACCAAACGGAACUCGCGUUCGAUUCUCAAACGGGAGAUCAUCGAUCUGGACGAUGAGGAUGGCGAGGAGCAGGAGGAUCAGCUCUGCGAACAUCUGGAAUGGUCCGCCGCCCAAUCUCUGGUCCAAAUGAACUCCUCCAAGCAGGAGAAGCAGCGGCGAGCAGGAACCACAGGAACAGGAUCUCCUGCCACUGUGACAGCGCCAAUCUCCGCCUCAGUAUCGCUUCGCCGUCCAGUGGGCAGAGCUCCGGCCGAGGAUGGCAAAGUGAUUUUCUAUGCGCCGCCCGCCAGCGCCAGUGGAUCCCCCCGGCAGCCGGAGCCGGUGACCUUGAAGCGGGAGCGCGAGCGAGACAGGGAGCGCGAGAGGGAGAGGGAGCGCGAGCGCGAGCAGGAACGCAUGCGGGAGCAACAAGUUGCAGCGGCCGCGGCGGCAGCAUCGAUUUAUCGAGGUCGCAGCGUAGAGGAAACGGAAGCGGCACACGAUCUGCUCUCGCUGUCACAGAGCCUGCCGCCCCUGAUCCCGCCGUGCGUGGUCACCAUCAUGAAGCAGGAGCAGGAGCAACUGCGCUCCCCGGAAAUCCAGGAGAUAACGAACAGCGCUUCCAGCCGAUCGCCGCAGUCGACCAUUCGUUUUAUUGGCAGCAGCUCCUACGACCUGAUGGGUGGCUCCGCGGAGAGGGCCAACAACUGCUCGCCACUGACGCCGCCGAACUCGGAUCACAGCUCCGACGUGGAUAUCGACAUGUCUUCCUCCUCCGAAUCAGGUCUGCAGCAGUGGGGCAAGUCCAAUGCGCAGCAGAAUCAGCAGCGUGCCUCGGCCCUCAAGAUGUGCCUCAACAUGCUGGAUGGCAGGACCAAGGCGAGCAAGGCCGCUGCUGUGACCAAGCAGGACAGGCAGCAGGAACCCCAGCAGCCGCGUCCCAAGAGCGCCCAGAGCAAUGCCUCGUCCGGCGGUGGUCCGCCAUCGGAGCCGCCAGAGAAUGCCACGGCCAGCAUGGGACACAGCUCCACGGGCAAUGGGGAGAACUACGCCAAGCGGAAGAGGGGCUGCUACAAGUGCUGCGAGUGUGGCAAACAGUAUGCCACAUCCUCGAAUCUGUCGCGCCACAAGCAGACGCAUCGCUCGCUGGACUCGCAGUCGGCCAAGAAGUGCAACACCUGCGGCAAGGCCUAUGUUUCCAUGCCCGCGUUGGCGAUGCACUUGCUCACGCACAAGCUAUCGCACAGCUGCGACAUCUGCGGCAAGCUCUUCUCCAGACCCUGGCUGCUCCAGGGACACCUUCGAUCCCACACCGGCGAGAAGCCCUACGCCUGUGUCCACUGCGGCAAAGCCUUCGCCGAUCGCUCCAAUCUGCGUGCCCACAUGCAGACCCAUUCCGGGGACAAGAACUUCAAGUGCCAUCGCUGCAACAAGACCUUCGCCCUCAAAUCGUACCUCAACAAGCAUCUGGAAUCGGCAUGCCUCCGGGAUGCCGGUGCCAUCGAUCAGGGCAAGGGCUUGGAGGAGGACGACGACGACUGCAGCAAGCAGGAUGAGCUGGAGAUGGGCGACGAGCUGGACAGCGAUGAGAACAGCCAGGACAUUGUGGUGGCCUAGGGUUGAUCGACCUAGGGAAUUUUCCUGCCCGCAACUAAAAUACUUUAUACCAGAACCCUAUAAGCAAUACUCGAGCACCCUUAUCAAAUUAAUACUAAAAAGAAUUAACAAAACCAAAUGAGAAUUAAAAACAAACAAAAUCUAGUCUAGAAAUCGGCUUACUAGCGGAGUAGUUCUUUAAAUGGCAUGAUGAUGAUGAUGAUGAUGAUGGAUCUCAACUCAAUAGAAUCUUCUUCAAGCAGUUAUAUACACGCACUUAUAUCUACUCACUUAUAAUCUGAACUAUUCCAAAAAUCUCUCCAAGUUGCAACUUUUACUGAACGAAAAUGAAGAUUGGCAGGCGUAAGAACAAAAAGAAAAACAAAAAACAAAAGACAAAAAAAAACAAAAGGUUUGAGAAGGAAAUCCAAAACGUAACUUAUAGUAAAAAUCUGACACAACGAAUAUUAUGGAACAUAAGUAGAAAUUCUAUAUAUACACAGAUCAAAAUAAGCAUUAUAUACAGAUGGAUGGUGGUAGGAUGAAAGGAAACGAUGGAAACGGCAAAUUAUAUGUAUACAUAUGAACUAAGUGAAUAAUACCUAGCGAGCAGAACCAAUUUGCAUGUUUUUUGGUAAAUAUCUACUUUUAGGCAUCGUUUUAGGGCUCUAGAGUUUAUAUACACCCCCCCCUCUCACAGAUACCAAAUACCAUACACCAAACACCAAACACCAGAUAACACACACACUAAUCCACUCACCACUAGAUGUAGUCCUUAGAGUACUGAAGGAUUCGAUCGGAGCUCAGUUCAAGUCCUAGCAAACUAAUCAAUUAGUGAACUUAUAGCACUACCACUACCACAAACCGCAAUCGCAAACGCAACUCCCUAUAUCUCUCUUGCUCUUAGACUCUUUUAAAACGUACUCAAUGAUCAAGUUAGCAAUCGGAAAUCGGAUAUAUCUAUAUCGGAUAUAUAUAUAUAUAUAUAGAUAUAUAGGAUCAGAAUCGAAUGAGACGAACCAUUUUAACCGCUGCGGCAACUUUACACUCUAACCAAGUUUAGGAUGAGAUUACUUCCAUAUUAUGCUCUAACUCGAUAAACGGAAAACUACUUCAAUUACUUAGAAAUGAUUAAAAUUAAUGAGAAAACAAUUUAGAAACAUAUCACAAGGACAAUACUUAACAUAAAUAAAUACAUUCAAAGUAUGGAAAGUAUAUUGUGGCGAUGGAGUCGCGAACCCAAUUAAGACAUUCUCAUACACAUGCAACAAAUUACUUAUACUUACGAAAUAGUUAUUUUAUUACUAGCAUUAGAGUUCCCCAACCCCCUCCCUCGCUCCCUCCCUCGCCCUCGUGUACAUAUACAAGCGCCACAUAAAAUGCAAGUUUAAAAACAAUUAAAUUUUUUACAAGAACUACCCCCGUACCCGCGACCCCUCGAGCUUUGGCCCAGCCAAAGGUUUCUUAUGGACAGGAACACAUCCUCCCCGAUCGCAAAAAAGGAUAUACAUAGAGAUAUAUAUAUCCCCAUAUACCCAAUGUUCUGGGAGGUCGCAGAUGGAGAAGAUAGCAGAAAGGUUGAUGAAACGAUGAUGAUGAUGAUGAUGAUGAUGAUAGAUGUAGGAGACGCACUUGUAAAACAAAUGAUAACUAAAAGCAAUUCCAAAGUUAAGUGACAUAGUUUUUAACAAACCAAAACCAAACAAAAAAAAUACAAAAAUUUGUAAUUCUAUAAAACAAAAACAAAACAAAAAAAAUCGAAAAGUAUUGAUAUAUACACAAACAUGUAUUUAUUUUACGCGUAGUUUUAUUCCAAAAACCAAAUGCAAAGGGCAAAGAAAAUCCAAAAGAAAACAUAAACCAAAAGAGUAAACUUGAAAACAAUUUAAUUAAAUUGUCAAUUACGAUUAUUUCAUAAUUUAAGAAUUGAUGAACGAGGCAGACGCGAUAGAGGUUAUUUUUUAAAGCAUAUAUAUACACAUAAAUAUAUUACAAAUAAAUAAAUAUAUUUAAAAGAGGCAGUUUUAUAUCGAAAUUAAUAAUAGUAAAUGCAAAGUAACAACAAAAUAUUGAAAACCAUUCGAACUUAAUUAUACAACGAGCAAGAAACCAUUAAUUAUAAAGACCCCGCCCCCCCACACACACACACACACUCUCACACAACAAAUACGCCCACAUUUUAUAGCAACAACGGAUUAUUACAUCGUAUCUACAUACGUGCGCGCCAUGUAGAUAACCACGUAAAGUAACGCCGCAUGUCGCAGUUCUAGGCAGCAAUUCUAGAAUCUAGAAUUUAGAGUCUAGAGUCUAGAAUACGAGUAUUCGGGGCAGAAUUAGAAUUUAGACCAGAGAGUGCUAUGUGCAUUGUUUAUAGGGCCAUAGUUCGAAAUCGUGUUUAUGCAUGGCUUUAUUGAUGAUUAUUGAUAGCGUUUUAAAUAGCAUUAAAUGCCUAUAUACACAUAAGCAAACCAAACAAAAACCAAACAAACAAAAAACCAAUGAAAAACCAAAAAAAAAAAAAAAACAAAACGUAUAUAAGAAAUUCCAUUGAACAGUAGUGGUAACAAUUAUGUGAUUUGCAAUUUUACAUUCAAAAUAUAUAUGAAAUAAUUACGAAUAUAAAUAGAUUAUAUAUUGAGGCGAGCGUUUAAUUGAUUUAUUUAUGAGUAAGAUUUAUUUAUACACAUUAUACACCACAAAAAAAAAUAAAAAUGAAAUGAAAACGAGAAACGAGAAACUCAAAACAAAUUGACAAAGAGCUAAAAGUAAGAUGAACUCGAAUGGAUUGAAGUGGGGCGAAGCUGAAAAUAUUUUUACACAGAAACCUUGUUUUAUACACGCAUCAAGUUGAGUCCCAAAACCGACAUACCCCGAUCACAACUGCAAAAAUUAAUUAGAGCCCCCAGAAACACUUACAAAACAGAUGUGCAGCUGUGCUCCCGAUUUCUCUUUACUUUAUUCACUUACUUAAUAAUAUGUAAUAUAAUAUGUAAACAUGUUUAAGCAUCUGACGUUUGUCUUUAUAAUUUCGGAUCAGUAUUUAUCGGCAUGUUAAUAUUACACAGUUGUAAUAAGUUGAUACUUUAUUGUAGCUUAUAAUUUCUGUAAUUGUUAAAAAUGAAGUCGGGAACUUUAGCUGAUCGUCAUGCACACCUUCUCGAUAGGAAUGAAUAAUUUCAAGAUUAAAGACACCAAUUACAUUUUGAUUAUUAUACAAUAAACAGAAGGGCAGAAAUCGAACGGUGAGAUAUUUUAUAAUGAUGAACGAUGAUGAAUAACGUAAAGAUAUUAAUUUAUAUAUUCAUAUAUUAGAGAUGCAAAAAGACUUGAACAGUUAUAUACAUUUAAAAUUGCAAUAUAUUGUAUACUUCAUUAAAAAAAAAUAUAUACAUACAUACCGGCAUAUAUGCAACCAACGUAUAUAAGUAAACAUAUUUAACUUAUUUAUAUAAAUGCUUACAGCGAACCAUAAACAUAUACAUCAUAAGCCGAAUCUCAACUCAACUUUUCCAAUGCAAGACGAAUAGGAAUCCCUCAAGUAACUCAAGAUCAAUUCAAGUACAUACAAGUAUAUACUCAAUGACCACACGGCCGGCAAGAUCGCCUGGCCGCACAGGAAUAUAUAGCUAUAUAGCUAAAGAUAUAUAUAUAGUAAUACGUAUGAAUGCAAUACAAUGCCACGCCCACUCCCGCGAUGGGCGGACAGCGAUUUUAAGGCGCUGCCCGUCGGAGUUUUCACAGAUCAGAGAUCAGAACAGAUUUUUCCUUUUGAUACUUAGCAUUCGUUCUUGUUCUACUUUUAGUUAGAGAAUGUUCAACUAGUUUCAGCUUCCGUAGGAGUUAAAUAAUCGACUUAAAAGACACACCACCACACCUAGAUGAACACCCCGCUAUACUAAUAUCCCCGUGACCCUAUGACCCCAUGACCCUGUAAUCCAACACACACUAUUAGACACUAGCCGACAUCUACAGACAUACCCACAUGCAUAGCCAUGCGAUUUUACGGCAAAUAUGUAGAGCAUAUAACCUAUUAUAUCCCAAAGAAAGCUAAUCCAUUCUUAAAUUAAAUACACGCGAGUAGCCGGAGAAAGCGAACCGAUUCGAUUCGAUUUGAAAUGAAACGAAAGCAGAAGAAUCACAGCAGAAGAAUCCAUUAUGGAAAUGACAACAAACAGAGAAUUAAACUUCCCCCCAAAGAGAAACAAACAAAAGAACACGAAAAAGCAUCCACAACAAGAUCCAAAAACGAUAUGACACGAUGAGUGGAAGAAUUAUAAAUCAUAGUUAUAAAAGCUACACCCACACACUAGUGCAGCCAUGUAACUAUUUUUAGAGCCUCGGAAAUAAACAUACAUAAAAUACAUAAAAAUAUUAAAUAAACGACAGAGAAAACCAAA